AUGUCUGAUCAAAUUCCAAUUGAUGAACAACAAAUAAUACCAGCUAAUGAUCAGGAUCAACUUCAGCAACAACAAGAAGUCUCACAUGAAGAGGCGAUGAAGCUUAAAUCCGAAGAAUUGGAAAGAGAAGCUGCUAGAUUAAGAGAGUUAAACUCCCAAUUAAAUUCAGAAACUAAUAAUACUCAUGAAUUUACACCUCCAACAGAUGAAGAAAAAAGAGAUAUCGAUUCAAGAUCAAUAUACAUAGGUAACGUAGAUUAUGGGUCUACUCCAUUAGAAUUGCAACAACAUUUUUCAAAUGCUGGUACUGUACAGAGAGUGACAAUUUUAAUGAAUAAAUUUACUGGUCAACCUAAAGGAUUUGCAUAUUUAGAAUUUGCUGAUGUUGAUGGUGUUAAUAAAGCAGUUGCAACAUUGGAUGGAUCGACAUUUAGAGAUCGUCAGUUAAAAGUUCUGGCUAAACGAACGAAUAUUCCUGGUAUUAGUAUAAAAAGAGGUGUUAUUAGGGGAAGAGGAAGAGGUGGUUUUAAUAGUCGAGGAGGACGAGGUGGAAGAGGUGGAAGAGGUAAUUUUCGAGGUAGAGGUGGUGGUGGAAGAUUUACUCCAUACUAA